AUGGCUUCCCGUGCCUUUGCUACACUGCUUGCAGUGCUAGCAUUUGUGGGCUUUGCUUCAGUUCCCCGUGGUCUGGCAACUGAUCCGACCCAGCUCCAGGACUUCUGCGUUGCUGAUAACAACAGCCCUGUGCUGGUGAAUGGGGUGGUGUGCAAGAACCCGAACGUGGUGAAGGCAAACGACUUCUUCUUCCACAUAGUGCCGGCGGCACCAAACGGGCAGGGCUCCGGCGUGGCGCCGGUGGCGGUGGCCGAGAUCCCGGGGCUGAACACGCUGGGCAUCUCGCUGGCGCGCAUCGACUUCGUCCCCGGCGGGCAGAACCCGCCGCACACGCACCCUCGCGGGUCGGAGAUCCUGACGGUGAUCCAGGGCACGCUCCUGGUGGGGUUCGUCACCUCCAACCAGCUGCUCAACAACACGCUCUUCACCAAGCAGCUGGUCGUGGGCGACGUGUUCGUCUUCCCGCAGGGGCUCAUCCACUUCCAGCUCAACAACGGCCAGACCCCCGCCGUGGCCAUCGCCGCGCUCAGCAGCCAGAACCCCGGCACCAUCACCAUCGCCAACGCCGUGUUCGGGGCCAAGCCGCCCAUCCUGGACGACAUCCUCGCCAGGGCCUUCAUGCUCGAGAAGGCCACCGUCGACUGGGUCCAGCAGGCGUUCGGCGCGGCACCGGUGGCAGGAGGCGGCGGCGGCCUGCCCGGUGGCGGUGGCCUGCCGGGUGGCGGCGGCUAUCCUGGCGGCGGUGGCUAUCCGGGGUACCCCGGCCGUAGGCCGUAG